AUGCCCGUCUCGCACCUGACCUUGACCGUCUCACACCUCCCAACCUCUACCUCAUUUUUCCUAUCAUGUCUGCAACCUCUCGGAUACCAAUUUAUUGGUCGGCAUGAUGACUAUAUAGGCUUCGGUCAGAAGCAGGGGGAACCUGCUGAUUUCUGGGUCACCGAGCGGAAGCCAGGAGGUGCAAAUAGCGCCGUCCAUGUUGCAUUCCCAGCUCCUUCCAGAGACGCCGUGGGCUCAUUCUUCAUCUCCGCUUUAAAGGCCGGUGGUACGAUUCACUUUGAGCCCAAAUGCCGGGAUUCCCAGUCGGCGUUUUUCAGUGCCGCGGUUAUCGACUUGGAUGGCAACAGCAUCGAGGCUGUGUACCGAUCGGGUGCCUCAGUGGUUGCAUCGGAGGCUGGAGGACCGACGAUUGCCUUGCUGGAGAAUGGGUCGGUGGUUUCGAAGGUCUCCAAAAGUAGCAGAGCUACUUCGCUGAGGUCCGAGAGCAUCGCUCCUCCCAGAUCGGAGGCCAAGUCUCGUGCAGUCUCCAGAGCGCCUACGAGUGUUGCGCCAACCUCCGUUGCGCCUACAGCUUAUGAGCGCGAGUCAACAUAUGAGCGUGAGCGUUCUGCGCCAUCCGCUGUGUCUCGUGCGCAACCGGCACCCCAAACCUACACGGUGCAUACGGUGCAGACUGUCCAGAAGCCGGUCGAUGACGGCAGUAAAGCAGCAAAGACCAUUGUUGGAACUCUCAUUGGUGCCGCAGCGGGCGCGGCAAUCGCUUACGCGAUGGUCAUGGGUGACUCACAGUCCUCUUCCGAUGAGAAAACCAGCAAAUCUGCGCCGCAUUACACGCCGGAGCAUCAUCAGCUGAUGGGACCCCCAUCCCAAGUAUCCCAUCCGGAAGAACAGAGGUAUCGGGCCCUCGAAGCGCCUCCCACGCGCAGUGUCUACACGGCAGCGUCAGCCCCUCGGUCUACACUCAGUCGCAGUCAUACCUCUAAGAACCCACGUGCCAGUACUAUCUACGAAGGCACGGAGUUCUUUGAUGACCAUGGCCGCCGCGCGUCGGACGGCAGCGUCUUCAGCAUCCCUGAGAACGCACCCGUUCGAGCCAUCGAAUACCCAGCCUCCAUGAACGGCUGGCGUGAAGAAUACAGCCCCAGCACCUUCAUCAGCAGCUACGCAGCGGACAAACCACGCGCAGGCAGCGUGCACUCCGUCUCCACUCUGAAAGCACCCCAAGCCAACAGCCAACGACGACACAGCAACGAUGACAGAGAUACAUAUUCCACCCACAGUAAUAGCUCGAAAGUCUACCGAGCAGCCUCCACCCAUAGCAACAACAGCCACCACUACUCGACCACAAAAUCCGUCAAGGACAAGGAUGGCGCGGGCAGUGUCGCCUCUUCCACUCGCUCUGCACGGAACAUUCCCCUGCCGGCGGGUUCCAAUGCGACCUACUACUCCGCCACUCCUAGCCAUCAAGGCAAGUCACACUUGUCGGCUCGCGAUGUCCCACUUCCGGACAGUGUGAUUGAUCUCGAUGUGAACUCGCACGUCACACCCGAUGACUCUAUCAGCCAAAUUGGUAGUCGCUCCGCACGCUCCUCGCACUCCCACCACUCCAAACACUCCAAGGCAUCGAGGCACUCCUCCAAGUCUAAAUUUGAAGAUGUGGUGAAGCCGACUGAUAGCGUGAGCCAGGUGUCGCGGGCUUCCCAGCGCACUAUCAAGGCUGAGGGCAGUCGUGCGGGCUCGAAAGUGAGUAGCUGGCGGAGCCAGGUUGUUUGA